AUGGGCUGGUACAACAAACUGACCGACUGGAGCGUCGAGGACCUUUUCGCCCGCCAACGCGCUCCUGGGCCCCCUCGCUCCAUCUUCGUUAACGAACCCCUGCCGGACGACUAUUACGACAAGAAACACAGGGUGCUCAAGCAGCACAAGUACACUACGAAUCAGGUCAUCACGUCCAAGUACACAAUCAUCACGUUUCUCCCGAGGAACUUGCUCGAGCAGUUUAGGAGGGUCGCCAACAUGUGCAGAAAGUGUACGGUUCAUGAACGCGUGAGCUUCUUCCUCGCCAUUGCCAUCCUCCAGUUCUUCAACAAAUUCAACACCAUCUCCCCUGGUCUCGUCAUCCUCCCUUUGCUCGUCGUCUGGGGUAUCACCGCGCUCAAAGAUGGCUACGAAGACAUCAAACGGCAUCAAUCUGACCGUCGCGUCAACUACUCCGAGAUCAGCGUUCUCGAAGGCGGUGGCUGGGAGAACCCGAACAAGAUGUCCUCGAAAUCCAAGACGUUCGUCCGUGGCUUGCCUAGACCUCUCCGUCGUCGAAAGCGCAAGAUGGUGAAGAAGGGAGAUGGAAGGGAUGCCGAUGCGGAAAUGGCUGCUCACGGAGCUCCACCUGAGGCGGUGUCGAGCGGUGUCGAAUAUGUUACCUCUGACGAACCAGACGUCGAAUACGACAACGCUGGAGUACCUUCCGACGCCGCGCACUGGAAGGUGAAGACCUGGGAGGAUUUGAGGGUCGGUGACAUCGUGAAAGUUAGGGAUGGACAGGCAAUACCGGCUGAUAUCAUGAUCUGCGCCACGAGCGAGGACGAGAACGUCGCGUUCGUGGAGACGAAGAACCUCGAUGGAGAGACGAACCUCAAGUCAAGGAACGCGGUCUCGGUGCUCACCCACAUGCGAACGGCGGCGGACUGCGCGAACCCGAGCAACGCUUUCGAGAUCGAUUGCGACAGGCCCGAACCGUUCAUGCACAAGCUCAACGCGGCGGUCGUCAUCGGUGACGAACGUUCCUCGGUCGAACUCCAGAACACGAUGCUGCGUGGGACGGUGCUCAAGAACACGGCGUGGGUCAUCGGCAUCGUGAUGUACACCGGCUUGGACACAAAGCUCGUCUUGAACUCGGGUGGGACGCCGAGUAAGAGGAGUAAGGUCGAGAGACAGAUGAACCCUAUGGUGUUCGCGAACUUGAUCCUCUUGGCGGUCAUGGCUAUUGCCUGUGCGAUCGUGGACUCAGUGUUGGAGAAGCAUUAUUUUCCGAGGCUGGCGCCGUGGUUGUUCUCGGACGACCACUCGGACGAUAAUCCUUCGAUCAAUGGAUUGGUGACCUUUGCGUUCGCAUUGAUCACCUUCCAAAACAUCGUCCCCAUCUCGCUCUACAUCUCCAUCGAGGUCGUCCGGACAUGUCAAGCCGCCUUCAUCUACUUCGACAGAGAAAUCUACUACGAAAAGACAGACCAGGCCACGCUCGCUCGCAGCUGGAACUUGUCCGACGACCUCGGUCAGAUCGAAUACAUCUUCUCCGACAAGACAGGCACCCUCACCCAGAACGCCAUGGUCUUCCGUCGAUGCUCAGUCGGCGGUAUAGCGUACAACGGCCGCGACGGCGAGGAAGGCACCGUGUCCGAUCAGGCCACACUUCCAGCUGAGCCAAACCCACACUCUAUGGACACGACCGUUCGGGUAUCGGAACACUCGUCCCCGGACUCUCUCCCUCUCAAGCCGUUCAGCUCCGCCUCGCUCACCAAGGCCAAGGCCACGCCUAACCCUCUCCACGCCCACCGUGUCAAGCUCUCUGGGGGCGUCCUGCAGCACUACCGCGACCCGGCGCUCUCGAACGACGUCGCUUCUGCGUUGGCUUCUGGAGAUAGAUCUGAGCGUGACAGGCUGAACGGGUUCUUCUCCACGCUUGCGCUCUGCCAUACCGUCCUUGCCGGCGUGGACACCAAGACGGGAGAGCUGGAGUACAAGGCACAGAGUCCGGAUGAGGCCGCGCUCGUACAGGCUGCGGCGGAUGUCGGGUGGGAGUUCAGAGGGAGGGAUAAGGACGUGUUGUUCUUGAAGACGCCGUUCGAGCAGGGGUUCAUCAGGUUUAGGUUAUUGAAUAUCUUGGAGUUCACGAGCGCGAGGAAGAGGAUGAGUGUCAUUCUGAGGAGACUGCCCGGGACCAUCGGCCGCGAUUCAGCCGAAGUCGACGCGGACAGCAUCACUGUGGACAAUGAGAAGGAGAGGGAGGACGGGCCGUUGCUUUUGCUCAGUAAAGGCGCCGACAACGUUAUUUUCGAACGACUCGUGCCCGACGCUCAACAGUCGCUCCGCGAGACCACCGAGGCUCAACUGGACGAGUUUGCAAGAUCUGGACUGAGGACGCUCACGCUCGCGUGGAAGACGGUGCCGGAGGAGGAGUAUAAGGCUUGGGCGAAGCGGUAUCAGACCGCGACGGCGGCGAUUGAUGAUAGGGAGGGGCAGAUUGAGAGCGUGAGCGAUGAGAUUGAAGGAGGGUUGACGUUGCUCGGAGCUACGGCGAUUGAGGACAGGUUGCAGGAUGGGGUGCCGGAGACGAUUGCGGAUUUGAAGAGGGCGGGGAUUAAGAUUUGGGUGGCGACGGGGGAUAAACUCGAGACUGCUGUCGCUAUCGGCCACAGUACGAACCUGAUCGCGGACGACUCGAACAUCAUCAUCAUUCGUGGCCGAGGCGACGAAGGACGGUCUAUCUACGCUCAGAUGCUCUACGCUGCAGACGAAUACUUCCCGACCUCUGGUAUCCUCGAGGACCCGAACGUCGACGCGGAAGAGGUCGGUGGCGGAAACGGUAAUGCGAGCGGAAGGCCUUCUUUGUCGAGGAGGAGGUCUUCACAUCGUUAUUCGGGGGCGUUCCAACUUCAUAGGGUCAAUACGGGUAUGAGCUCCGUCGUCGGUUCGAAUAAUGGACAGAGGCCUGGUGGUUAUGUCCUCGUUAUUGAUGGUUUGGCUCUUACGGAUGCUCUCGGUGAUGACAAGCACAAACACCUGCUUCUCUCUCUCGCCAUGCAAUGCGAAGGUGUCGUCUGCUGUCGUGUCUCCCCCAAACAGAAAGCUCAGGUCGUCAGGCUCGUUAAGGACGGUCUCGGCGUCAUGACCCUCGCCAUCGGUGACGGUGCCAACGAUGUCAGCAUGAUCCAGGCAGCGGAUGUCGGCGUCGGUAUCUCUGGCGAGGAGGGUCUGCAAGCGGUGAACUCGUCGGAUUAUGCGAUCGCGCAGUUCAGGUUUUUGAAGAGGUUGUUACUCGUCCAUGGGCACUGGAGUUAUGCUAGGAACGGCAAUAUGAUUUUGAACUUUUUCUACAAGAACAUUAUCUGUAUCGGUGUGCUUUGGUGGUUCCAGAUUUACGAUGGCUGGUCUUCGGCCUAUGUAUUUGAGUAUACCUACCUGCUCUUCUGGAACUCAUUUUGGACGCUUCUUCCCGUCAUCGCUAUCGGUCUCUUCGAUCGUAUCGUUGACGACCACGUCUUAAUGGCACUGCCCCAACUCUAUCGGUACGGACGUGAAGGUCACUGGUUCGGGAUGAAACUCUUCGCGCUGUUCAUGGGAGAAGGAAUCGUUCAGUCUGCGAUCGUGUUCUUCUUGGUCCUCUAUGCGUACUUCUCACCAUCGUCGCGGACGGACGGAUAUGACGUGGCUCAGUAUGAGUUUGGUACCACUAUGGCGACCGCGGCUGUAUUAGCUGCGAACCUGUUCAAUGGGCUGAAUACGAACGUCUGGACCGGGUGGGUGUUCUUCGCUGUGUUCUUCGGUAUCGUGAUCGAGUGGGCCUACACUGGCAUCUACUCCAUCAUCUCUCCCGGAUGGUUCGCGACACCCAUCUACGGCAACGACCACUAUCUCUUCCACUCGGCUCUCUUCUGGUUCUCACUCCCCAUCACCGUCCUGAUCGCCCUCGCACCGCGCUACAUCCACUUGGCCUGGUCGUUCUUUGUUGAUCCGAACGACGUCGACAUCAUGCGCUGGAACUUCAAGCUCAACCCCCGACUGGAUAUCGAACAGGAGGCAUACAUUCGCUCCGAAGCCAACCUUGGUGCCAUUCACGAUCCUAUCGAGCGCACACCAUCUUCCUCUAUCACGCCAAAGACUAAGCCUCAUGAUCCAGAGAUGACGAACGUCUCGCCGUAUGGAGCGUCGAUACCGACGCACAUGAGGGGGAGUCAGAUCGAUAUGUCGACAGGGAUCAGGUCUCAGUCGAGAGGCUUCGAUUUCGCGACUGAGGAGGGCGGUGUGGAGAUGAGGAGGAUACAGUCGAAUUUGUCCGGACGGUCUGUACCGCGUGAAGGACCUAGAAGAAAGGGGAGCACGUUGUUGAAGAGUUUGAAGCGGCCAUUGAGGAGGAAGAAGUUGUCGACGGCGGAAGAGGUGGUCGAGGCAUAGAGGUCUCGUUUGCAUUGCAUUGUGUUGUGUUGCAUCUUUUCCCCCAGCUAUUGCUCACUCAUAGGACUCGUGGCUUGCGCCUGUGUGCUCACCUACUACCUACUUGUCUAUCUAUCUACCUACUUGUUCUUCAUUCGCCCGCCCCACCCGUGUGCUUGGUUUUUGAGUUUCUCUUUUUACCCUUGAUUGAUUGGUUGGUAUCGCUUUCACGCUUCGCCCUUCGUUUGUAAUAUAUCGCUCGUUCGCUUGUCGCGUUCUCGUUCUCGUUCUUUGUUCGUUAUUAUUACUUCUGUUUCCGCUGUCCCUGCUUCUGCGACUCCCGCCACACUAUACUUUAGAGUGUCCACGACCUGGGCUGGUAGAGCCCUCUUUGUCGGCGCACAGUUUUCCUACGACUAUUUCAUUCCUAUUCCACCUCAUCCACCUGCCGAACAUUCACGUCUAUUCCUCACGUCCUCCUUCCGACCAGCUGAUCAUCGCGACGGUGGCAUAUCCAUCCAUUCGUCUCGUACUCGGUACUCGUCCCCACGGCUUCCUCUCAUAUGCAUCGUCUUUUAUACUCAUUUACAAUAUCUAUUUCGCUUCCUCGCCACCUCAUGACGCCACGUCACAUCGCGCACCGUCCGAAACCCGUAUCUAUAGUCUUUUUGUUGUACUUUUAGUGACGCUUUACUUACUCUCUCAUGUUCUUUCUGCUUCAUCGCGGGGGAUUCAGUUAAUCGAUUGAAAGACGCUUUC